AUGGAUAUUUGUAAGAUACACGAAAACGCCUCCAAAUGCAGUGGGAACACCAUGGAGUGCUUCAUGGUCCUCAGCACCCAAGCACAGAAGAUAAGCAUUGCCACGCUGUGCGGCCUCUUUGGGACACUGUGCAUUUUUGAGAACUCUCUGGUGCUGUACUUGAUCUUCUCCUCCCCUGGGACCAGAAGAAAGCCUUCCUACCUCUUCAUCAGCAGCCUGGCCUUGGCUGACAUUCUGGCCAGCAUCAUCUUCGUCUGCAGCUUUGUUAACUUCCACGUCUUUAACGAAACCAAUUUCUCCAAAGAAAUAUAGAACACGUCGUUCUCUGCCUCCCUGAGCAGCUUGCUGCUCACAGCCCUGGACCGUUACAUCUCCAUCACCCGGCCCUCCGAAUACAAGUUCCUCAUGACGAGGAAGAGAGCGUGGAUAGCCCUGGGGGUGCUGUGGGUGACCUGCGCCACCAUCGCUUCCCUGCCCCUCCUGGGCUGGAACUGCUGCACGCUGAAUUCGACCUGCUCCGAGCUGUUCCCGUUUGUGGAUGACAAUUAUCUGUCCAGCUGGAUCUGCUUCGUCAUGGUGCUGCUGGUGUGCAUCGCCUACGCCUACGCCCACGUGCUAUGGAGGGCUCGCCAGCACGUGGCCUACAUGGAGAAGCACCAAGUGCAGGUGGCAAAGCAGAACAGCAGGAUGAGGAUGGACGUCAUGCUGGCCAAGACCCUGGUCAUGGUGCUCACUGUCCUCGUGCUGUGCUGGUCUCCGGUCCUGGUUCUCAUGAUCUACAGUGUCUUCGCCAGGCUGAGCAUUCACCUGCGCAAGGUGUUUGCCUUCUGCAGCACCCUCUGCCUGCUCAAUUCCAUGGUGAACCCCAUUGUUUAUGCCCUGCGGAGCAAGGAGCUCUAUUCCUCCCUCAGGAUGGUCUUUUCUCGGUUCAGAAGGCAGCUGAAGGCCUCGGAGGAAAGCCCAGAAGCAGAGAGCACCCACAAGUCCUCCAUGGUAGAGACUGUGUGCGAGGACAUGCACGUAACGUAG